UCAAAAAAUCUUUCAAAAAUGGUAAAGGAAAUUAAAUUAGAUUUCGUUGUCGGAAGCCUGUUGAUAAGUGAGAGAGCACAAAAUAUUGAAAGGAAUAUUGAUGAUGAUUAUUUAAUGUCCACAGAAUAUCAACUUUCCAAUAAAUACAAUUCUGAAAUGAAGUUUUCUAUUUGUAAUACGAAGCUUUCACCGUCCGAAUUUAAGGCUAAAAUUAAAAGAAUUAAUUAA